AUGUCGGGCGCUGUCGCAUCGACCUAUGCCACGCUCAAGUCUGGCCUGGGCAACGUCACCCUCAGCCCGCUCAAGACGGCCUACCACUUCAUCUUCCCCCCGCUCGAGGACCUCCUCAUCGAGCACGGCGGUGACUAUGCCGCACAGCGGACCCGAGCCAACGAGGCCAGGCAGGCUGCCGCUCUCGAAGGCGGCGUCGUAGGUGCCUCGCAUCGGAACCUUCUCAACCGCGACGACGUGUAUGGCGGCAGCGCCGGUGGCGGUGGCGGUGGCAGUGGCAGUGGCAGUGGCAGUGACAGCGACGAUGCCAUCGAAGCAGUCUGGGACGGCUUCAGCGACAGCCCCUGGAGCUUCAUCACCAGCCGCUACGCCAUCGCCCUCUUUGCCAUGGCACUCAUCACCAACCGGAUCCAGCACAUCUGUCGACCGCGCGGCGGCCGCGCGGUCCGCCUGCCCCAGGCAAAGAGGCUCGCCCUCCGCCUCCCCAGCAUCCUCCUCCUGACCAGGGCCGUCGUCAUCCUCGCCGUCAUCACCUCGAGCCUCUUCUUCUCCGAGUCGGCCCCCAUCAACCGCCUCAUCAGCCUCGCAUCGACGAGGUCGUGGAGAGAGGCAUGGCUUGCUUACAAGCCCAUCGGGGGCUGGGCGCAGGGCUACUUUGGCUCGGAGUCGCACGAUGCCAUCGCCAGGGCCAGGGACGCAGCCGCACUCUGGGCAUCCUUCACCGCCACCUGCGUCGCUGUCGUCACCGAAUCCCUCAUCCGCAGUCUCGAGGCAGACCGCGAAGAGGCGCCCUCGUUUAAUCUGGUCGGCUUCGCCUUUCUGCUGCACUUCCACUCGUUUUCCCCCGAGCACGAGGCCACCAAGCACGUCUACCUCUGCAUCCUGUUGCAGAUCACCGAGGUGCUUGCAGUCGGGCUUUCCAAGUGCCGCAAGAGACCCCUGGCGCCUCGACUGGCCGUGACGUCGGUCUUUGGCAUCACCGCGACAGUGCACUAUCUCCUCACCCUGAGCGACGGCACCUACCCGUUCAUGCUGGCCUUCAGCCGGGCGCCCGAGAUCGCCCUGAUGGUCAUCGUACUGCUGACGGUCACGCUCCACGCCCUCACCAUGUUCCUCACCGGCGAGCGGGUCGAAAUGGGGCGGCUGCUCUUCAAUCGCUCGAACAUGCCUUCGAUGAGCGACGACUGGUCGCUGGCCCUCUUCAAGGUCGGCACCGCGUGCCUCGAGUCGACUCGGCUUACGGGCCUCUCGCAAGAGGUGGCGCCGCUCCAGGCCUACGAGGGGCCGUUUGUCGAGAUGCUGCGCAACGGCAACGUCCGCAUCAUCGACGCAGACCGGGGCCGCCUCCCGGAAGACGCUCGCCUCUCUGGAAGCGGCGAUCAGCUUCGACACGACGUCGCCGGCGGCCUCAGCCGCGAGAUCAAGCAAGUGCGCGUCGAGGACUCGGCGGCCGCGCGGCCCUCGGGCCUCAUCUCCUCGGCCAGGCUGCGAGAGGCGAAGCGCUUCCUGCUGCAGCUCUACAGCACCCUGCGGGCGCUCAUGGUGCUGAGCGUCACCAAACUCUGCAGCGCCGUCGGGCUGCCGCCGCCGAGCGUGCCGCAGUGGGUCUACAGGCUGCUGCGCAGGGUGCGGCUUCUGUGGCACGGCCGCAACGGCGAGGAGCGAAGGGAGCAGCGCCUAGCCGAGGAGCGGAGGAACCGGCUAUCGCAAGAGUCGCGACGCGCCUACAUGGCGUGGGUCAGCGGUCGAGACGGGUCCAGCGCGACGCCAGGCCGGCUCGCUGCAAGGAUGCGGCCGAGGCCGCGGCGGAUCGCAUCGGCCGACGCCGUUGUGGCGAGCGCAGAUGGACGGUCAUCGGCGCAGCAAGUGGGCAGUGCUCGGCCGUUCGUGGCGAGGCCGCGCAGCCGUGCAGCAUCGCCGUCGCCCUCGUCCUCGCUGCUGGACGCGAUGCUGUGGCAGCGUUUUCUGGCGCCGGAUGCGCCGAUACUCGAGGAGGACGAGGAGGACGAAGACGACGGCGAAUACGCCGACGAAGGGGCUGAUUCAGAGGGUGAAGAGCUGUCGAGCGACGAGGAAGAGGGCGGCGAGCUGCAGGCGGACCGAGGGUCGCUAGACGUCGGGGCCCAACUCGCUCGUCGGGCCGAUCGCCUUCGUGCGCAGGCAGCUGCUGGCGACGGCAUCGACCUGACCGCCGACGAUGAGGUUGAGGAUGACGAGCAGGGCCCGCUCUCGGACGGAGAAAGUCUGCUGCUGCUGGCACAGUAUGCGCUCCGAAGAGAUGGGCCUCCCUUGACACGGUCGACCCUCCGCAGUUUGGUGGAUCCGGCGUCGACCUCUUCUGCCGGGGGCGACGGGGCGGCGGUGCUGCGACGAGGCAGCGUCGAUUACCGGGGUGGUUCGGAAGAAGAGUCGGCGCUGCUGCGUGCGAUUGCCGAGAAGCGGCUGGAGCUCGAAAGCAGCCGGGCUGCCUCGGGGGGCGACGUCGAGGCCGAGCGGAGACGGCUUUGCGUCGUCUGCUGCGUCGAAGAGAGGUGA